AACUUUGCAUUUGAUGCCCGCGAUUUGGUGGCAGUGACUGCACACUCCAAACGCGAAAUGAAUCGCGAGUUAGAAGACUGCUCAAGAGACAUAUCAACUUUAAUUCAAAAAGCACGAAACGAUACUAGAGAAGAAGCCGACGGCGAUCAAAUUUCGUUGACGAGAGAAGAAUGUGGAAUAUUUGCCGUUUUCGCACAGACUUGGCGCAAACGUGGAUACACAUUCGUUGACGACGAUGAGCACUCUUUCUCUCUGCUGCAGCGUCUCAUUCAAGCGUUUGCGCGAGAUUCUCUUCACUAUUUGCUGUCUGAUCACGAUGAUCGUACUGUAGAUGUUGACUUCUGGUGUUCAGUGUUGUUGGGUUUGCUGUGCGUUUAUCAACGGGUUUUCCCUCAGUAUCAAUCGUCGAGAAACGUGGAGCAGCCUCCUCUACAACGUCUUUCAGCUGUUGAGCGAGAUGCAUUGUCACAGUAUGUCAACCUGUCAACUGAUUCUGAUCCUCCCGUCUAUCUCUUGCACAACAUUCAUUCUUUCUGUCGUGACGAUGCAUUCGGAGUGAUCCUGAAGCUCUUAGAGCAGGCUACGCCUGAAACUCUGAAAUUUUCAGUUGUUCAGUUGCUCUUUCAUGUCGUCUUUCAUGUUCGAAUGUGGUUGCAUACGCCGGCUGUAAUGGAUCUUAUUUCACCAUUGAAGUUACCUGUUUAUCGGUACAUGUACAGUCUGAGUGAAGAAGAAAUCAAGACACCUAUGGCACGAAACCGAGCCGAAAUAAUGUGGACGACAGUACGUGGAAACUAUCCAAACAACUGCCCACACUUUGACAAAGAGACGUUUAGUUUGGCUCUGAAGUAUCUCACGUCAUCAACACUUACUGUCCGGAUCUUUGGCUUGGCACAGAUCAACGCGGAAGUAACUCAGAUCAACAAGGCGUGUGCCAAUGGUAAUGCAUCACAUACGGAUGUGAUAGAAAGCACAUGCGAAGAGCUGACACGCUGGAUGCUCGAAUCUCAACUCAUUGAAAAACUCUUCGGCCCAUCACUUCACGUCGAACUAGUGAAACUGAGUCAAACCGUCUUGAUCUAUUUGGCCAUGGAAGGCAAGCUAACACUACAGCAUCUCAACUGCAUUUGGUCUGCUGCAAGGUUGAAACACUCCAGCCAUGUUGUGUACAGUUUACUUCCCGAAUUGGUAAGACACUUGGACGUACAGCCGCUGUAUCAUCUCACACAGUUGGUGAACUCGCUGCCACUUGACGAACACUCGACCGAGACUCUCCAGUUGUCGUUUGUGCUAACGAAACGAGCGUGGAAGUUUCGAGCGUAUCUGGAGAGCGGGCACUGCGAGAGCCGUCGCAAUCGCGGCGUCAAUGACAAACGGAAACGAACAAGUAGGAGGGCUAAACGGCUCGUCAAACGUACGGCGAGGACGUCAACGAGAUCGACGAGUUUGACUGGUCGUCGUGGCAGCAGCGACAGCAGCUACAGUCUCGACAGUUGUAGCAGUCUGGAUGACAUCCUGUUGGACUCGAGUGGCUUACAACUGCAAUUCAGUCCUCAACUUCGUGUCGUCUCUUGUCAAACGGUUUCUGUGCCGUCGUCAUUGACGACGAAUAGUCACUCGAUGAUGCACGUCACAAGUCCUGUGGUUCAGUGUGAGGUCUCGUCGACGACGGGAGCUGCUGACGAGGAGAUGGUUAGCGUCGAGCGAGCGAUCAAUGUGAUGAAAUGUGAUGGAAAUGAAGAAAACUUGUUGCAUGGAGACGAUGCUGCAGGUCAAGUGGGUGUCAUUACGACGACCAACGAUGUUGCUCAACAUGUGAAUGGAUCGCCUGCGGGUGUGGGGAAUGGAGAGAUGAGUGCGUUGGAUGAGACUGUUUCGUCGUCUCAGGAAUCUGUGUUUGAUAUUAAACAGCAGCAGAGGGAUGGCGAAUUGAGUGGGAAUGAUGGUUGGCUGGUCGGGAAAGUGUGUGGACCGGGAAAAACGUUGUUGUGGGAUUUGAUGCAUGAUGACAAGGCGUGUCGCCUUCAGGAAGGCAUAGCAGCCGAGGUCAACAAAUAUCUCUGUCAACUCGUCUGUACAUGCGGUCGUGAGGACAUCUGCAAGAGCUUCAUUGAAGGCUGCCUCACGAACCUCGACGAGAGCCGAUCUGUAGUGUCCUCACUUCGUCUUUUAUCCGAGAUAUUCUCAUCCUGUCGUUUAGCAAGCGAUCGAGACUCGAUCUACUUAACAAGAUGGGCAGAGACUGAGCUGUCAAUGAUCAGACGGUUCUUCACUGAUUUACUUCGUUAUAUGAAUGAAUACAACAGCGAAGCUCCUGUGACAUUGUACAGUCACCAGGAAGAGGUCAGAGCGCGUCUCAAGUUUCUCACUUCGUUGUUUCGUUGGGAUGUGUCGACCGACGACUUUCAGUUGGGUGUGUGGCAUGUCGAUGUGUUGUGGUCUUGCCUUGUGGCAAGGAGCUCAAUGGCUGAUGAAGCUCUCAAUUGGUUUCUCCACCAACUGCAAAGCUCGGAUCAUCACACACUGAGUAGUGAAGCCGUCAGUCAUUUGUUUUUCAAGAAGAUGCCCGAGUUGAGUGCCGAUUAUAUGACUGUUACUGGACUGAAGUUGUGGCAGCAGCUGGUGUUGACUGUAGCUCAAAAGAAGGAACAGAAAGUCAAAGAUGAAGCUGAGAAAUGUGAACUGUCUCAGAUAUGGUCGAUUGCUCUGCAUGCGUGUGACAGUGAUGUCAUAAUGAUGGCAAUGAACUACAUCAAUAACCACUACAUCAACGCUGGUUUGGGCAGUUUGGAGAAAGAAUCUGAGUUUAUUGACAAAUGUAUGAGCAGUCUCACUACGGCACUUUCGGUUCUUGAUCAGCAUCCUGUUCAGUGUCUACACAUGCUGCACAGUGGAUUGACUCUGUUGCGGACACACAUUGAAGCAUUUUCAAAACGUUAUUGCUAUCAUUUGAGGAAAUGGAAGUUGAAGGAAUGUGGAGUUGAGAGGCAUGUUCCUUUGUGUGUUGCUGAGCAAUCGAUGUUGAAGUUGUACUGUCACCAACCGGGUCGGAUGGAGAAGGAAGUUUACUUCGAGAUGUCUCCAACGUCGUACGUCGCCGAGUUAAGAGCUGAAAUCGAGACGUGGAUGGAAAAGGUGGUACAAGCAAAGAAGGAACACCAAACGGCGUUUGUUCAACCGGUAGCAUCCGGUUUCUCGUCGUUCAACGAAGAGCCGAUAUCUUGGCGUAUAGUCAUCUCGGGUCAGGAGUUAACACGCGACGUUGACAGCAAAACAUUGGAGGAAGUCGGUCUGAAAGACCAGAAUAGGUUGUUUGUGUCUCCGCACGUUCGUCGGCAUUCUGGCAAUCACAACGAUCCGUUCCUGCCUCUCUCUUUGCUGUCAGAACCGCCACGUGAGCAUCUGCCGAUGACGCUGCUAUCGCACCAGCCGCAUUUCACGACGUUAUUCCAGCUGAUGGAGCAACUGGAUGCCGCAAGGAAGAGGCUUGUUUGUCGAGGGGAGGAGAGGGAUAGUCAGGAUGGAGACAUUCAGCAGCUGACGAGGAUGACGUGGGAUCUUGUGGUGAUGUUGCCGACGUCGAGCGACAUGUUGGAGUCUCUCAGUUCUCUUGUUUGCGAGGGCUCACAAACUGUAGUGUGGGAGCAGCUGUUGGACAGUUCUUGUCCAUUUCGACUUCUCUAUUCUCUUCAAAUUAUUGAGAAACUUGUUCAUGCUGAUUCAGCUGACAAAUCAAGCCACUUGUGGAAACAGAAGUUUAUCACAGUCGGAGGCCUCGAACGUCUCGUUAACAUACUAAAGUCUGGUCACUUGGAAACGACUGACAAUGAGUCUUGGAGUGAGUGGCAUCAAAAGUGCAUGUCGUCGUUGCUUCUUCUAAUAAGCAGCGUCGGCGACUCAGCAACCAAUCGACAGAAAAACAACCUGCAAGAGCAGGCACAGGCGACAAACGGAGAGAGCGCCAGCAGCAGCAUCAGCGGCAGCAAUUCUACGACAGCCACAGAGACGGACAGCAGCAGCGGCGGCGAAGACCAACCGUUGCCGCCCAAGAAACAGAAACACGACGAGCAACAGAAGGAUUCCUCGUGCGUCGUAGACAAGCCGCUUCGCGACGAGUUACUCUCAUUGUUGAACGACAACACAAACUUGCUCGUGUAUAAACUCAUGCGGAUUGCGGAGCAAGCGGCUGUGUGUGCGUGCGCGAGCGACGAGGGUCGCAUCUGCGCUGACGUCGUUUCGCAUUCUCUUGAGCUUCUAUGCGAGUGGUAUCACUGCAGAUCGGAGCUACACGACGUUAUCCUACAGUACGGGAAUCUCGUCGAGUGGUUUCGAUCACUUACGCUGACGUCUCGGCAUGUGGCUGUGCAUGAUCGUGCGUACACUCAGCUUCUCUCCAUGUGUAUGUAUGAAAUGGAGGAGGAGGCGGCGGGAAGUUUUGGUCUCGUUGAACCGACUUCUCUACUUCCGCUGCUGCUGAAGGUUCUGUUGCGAUUGUUGCCUGAGGCUGUGAUGUACACGACUGCGUCGUCUGUGGUGGAUAAUCAAUCGUUGGUGAAAGGUUGUCGUUCGUAUUUCAAUCUUGUUUCGACGUUAGUUGAGAGCUGUGAUCCUGAACAGUGUGACAUCGACUUCGACCAGUUAGCCAUUGAUCUCACACAUCGUAUCAUAUCACGUCCGAUCUGCGAACUCCCUCACAUCGACGAGAUGGACGAAGGUUUAGUCGGCCUCUUGAGUCUCUGCUCGGCCGUCAUGCGGCACGAGCCUGCAAUGAAAAACACGAAAGAAGGACGACAGUUUAUCAAAGCCGUGGCAAACGACUGCCUCUUCGACGUCGCAGAGAAACGUCUACAGCCCGGUUGCCCCCCAAAGUGUAAAACUCUAGUGUCUCGUCAGACGGCGUUCAACUUGUUGUGUCAGUUGUGCAGCGGCUUGUUGACGAAUUUUGAAGAGCUUGCCGGGUUGUUAGCGUCGCAUCAUUUGGGUGUUGACCAUCCGUGGUAUUACAGUCCGGCUGACGACACUCGAAGCGAAUUAGGCUUCGUCGGGUUGAUAAACCUCGGUGCAACUUGCUACAUGGCGUCGUGUCUCCAGCAGCUGUAUAUGAUGUCGGAAGUUCGUGCUGCCGUUCUGAACGCUCGAGGUCCGAGUCACGGCGAUGUGUGCCAGUUUAAUCACCAGGAGGAGCUUCGUGAGCUGCAGAAGAUGUUUAGCUAUUUGGUAGCGAGUGAGAGGAAGGCGUACAACCCGCAGAGUCUCUGUCGUAUGUACAAGAUGGAUCACGAAACGUUGAAUCCGUGUGAACAGAAAGAUAUGACCGAGUUCUUUACCGACUUGGUUGGCAAGAUGGAAGAGAUGUCCAUGGACUUGAGACACACCGUACAUUCGUUGUUUCGUGGCGUCAUGACAAACAACGUUGUGUCUUUGGAUUGUUCGCACGUUAGUCGUACGAAAGAAGAAUUCUAUUUGGUGCGAUGUACAGUGGAGAACAUGAAGGAUUUGUAUGAGUCGCUUGCUGAGGUGACUGUUAAGGACACGCUGGAGGGUGACAAUAUGUACACGUGCUCACGAUGUGGGCAUAAAGUUAGAGCCGAGAAAAGAGCGUGUUUCAAGGUGUUGCCACGUAUUCUGUGCAUUAACACGAUGCGCUACACGUUCAACAUGGUCACAAUGAUGAAGGAAAAAAUCAACACACGAUUUGUGUUUCCCAUGCGGUUGGACAUGAGUAACUACACUGAGGAGACGUUGAUGGGCAGAUCCAAUCUCAGAAGUCAGAGUGAGGAGCAGCAUGGUGAGAGUGAGGGUAGAGACGGGAGUCAGUCACAGUGUUGUGAGUACGAGUUGGUUGGUGUGGUUGUGCAUACGGGGACUGCAGACGGUGGACAUUAUUACAGUUUUAUUCGAGAUAGAACACAACCGGACAAGUGGUAUUGGUUUAAUGACGCCGAAGUUCGGUCAUUCGAUCCUUCACAAAUACCCGCAGAAUGUUUCGGUGGCGAAAUGACCACAAAGACGUACGACUCUCGAGCAGAACGAUUUGUCGACUUUUCAUUCGAGAAGUCUCACAGUGCAUACAUGCUCUUCUACGAACGUUGUGCCACACUACAGCUGCCUCCACGGCCAGAACCAAACAUUGACUUACCUCGGAAUCUUGCAGAAGAGAUAUGGCGCGACAACAGACAGUUACUGAGAGAUCAGUCUGUGUUUGACGACGUGUAUGGACAGUUCAUGUGGAAAAUUGCUCGAACAGUUCCGAGGUCCAUACGGACGGCGGGAGCUUCCUGUUUGGCUACAAAGAUUGGACUUUGUUAUGUCCUUGGAACUCUUGUGCAUAGCAAAGAUCAGAGAAUGUUGAGUUCCUGGUCAGACUGGUUGCUGCAGCAGUUGGAUGCUUGUCCGGAUGCUGCUGAGUGGCUGCUUGAGUGGGCGGGGUCCAACUCUGGUGAUUUGUUGACUCAGAUGCUGCUGCAGUGCUCUGCUCAGCCGUUGAAGCAAAUGUUCAUGCAGCUUGUGCUGAAGGCCAUUCAGGUGAUGAGGAUGUCAGAGAAGGAUCAUUAUUUGAAGCCGUUUUGUACGGAGAGCACAGUGAUUAUCGAUCCUGGAAGUAAAGUAGAAGAGCUCGGCUCAACGACGUGUGUUGGCAAAUUCAUGAAGAUAGUGCUCAAUCUGGUUGAACAUUCACUUCGACCCACUGACCCGAGCUGUUUAGAAGUGUUUCAGCUUCUUCAUCAGAUUGCUCGGUUUGGUCAUGAGGAACAAUGUUUCCUCUUGUCAGCUGGUGCUGUCAGCAUCAUGAUCAACUUCUAUCUUUAUCCCAAGACGUCUGAAACUUCAGAGGAUACCGAAGAUGAUGAAGUUAUUGCGAUUGCUCUGCUGGUUGGUGAACGGACAGCACGCCCUCUUUGCUUAGAAUACAUGGUGACACUGAUUAGCUUGCUGGUUGACACAUCAAGAAAAGACAAAACGCUUGCGAUGUUAAAGAAGGACUUGGUGUUGCUGCUAGGAAGCAAGGACUACCCGUUUAUCUAUCAACAGACGAAGGAUUCACUAAACCUACGUGGAACAGCUGAACUCAUUCUUGCUCUCUGCAAAUACAACAAGGAGCGUGCAGCAUCUAUAGUAGAGAUGAUCACAACUGCUGUGUGCAAGCUGCAGCCCGAGCCAUCUCAACCGUUCUUGAAAUUGUUAGGACAUUUAGUUGAAGUGAGCAGCACACCGUGUGCGCCACCCUUCACCACACUGAUUCUUGAUCGAAUGUGGAGCUGCGUAGAGAGCAGUCCUUUGCUCUGUCUUGAUUGGUUGACACAGCAAGUACCUCGUUCGGUCGAAGUAUCACUCUGGAUGCAUCAGCAAGCAUACAACUUAGAUCUCGUAGAGGAAUGGUUGUUGAGCCACAGCAACGCUCGUGUGCGAUUGCACUUUGCCAAUCUGCUUGCCAGUCUUGUUCCAAGUCCAUUCUUUCGUCAAAUGUUCAGGAGUAAGGCUUUACCUCUCUCCAUCACUCAGUUACAGCCUGGCAACCAAGAGACAGUACAGAAGCUCUUCAAGCUACUACUAUAUCUCAUUGAACGAGCUAAGAAGUAUGUUAAACAUGACACAGAUGGUCUAGUGGCAUAUUUCAAUCUGAUGACAACAUGCCUUGUGUCGAAGUCUGAGAAGCUUAUGGUUCGAGAACAUUUUCUUGAUCUCUGGCGUAUAUUCCAGGACUUGGCUGCCAUUGAGGUUCCCAUCAAUCAGAGUAAACAGGCAGUCGUUCAAUUUUGGUAUUACUUGUCAAAGGAUUGUUCCGAGAAUCUUGACUUGAUCGUGAAGAAUGAAGUUGUAUCGAACAGCAUUGGGUUUUGUUACAUUCUAGCUGAUGCUGACAUGGCGGAAGUUGUGAACUUCAACAACCGUUUCUUGUACUUUUACUACGGCCUAUUGCACAUGUGUUGUGUACGAAGCGAAACAUUUGCUCAACGUCUAGCUCUGCACACAAACACAGACUUUGCAUUUAAACAUUUCCUUUCCAGUCCGAAUGUGUACCCGGAUAUAUCCGAUGAGCUCUUUCUUCUGUUGGAAAUAUUUGCCAUGAGACGAGGAGGAUCAAGCAGCGUUGAAACUGCCGAGUCUGCAACUCAGUUUCGAAAACACAUUAUUCCACUUUUUCUUCACAACGUGGAUGGUCAGAAUUGGGCAAUCUGGCUGAAGUUGUUUGGUGUUAUACUUCAUACUUCUGAUGAUGUAAUGAUCUUCAUUGCACAUGAUGGUCUUACCACCGUCACCGAGGCGUUUGGUAUGCUGCAGCAGAUGUAUCAUGAAGCAACGGCAUGCAAUGUGGUUGCAGAACUAUUAGAUUUGCUCAACAUGGUUGCUCGUUUGUUGAAGGUUGUACGUCGUAUUGAGCAGACGAACACUCAAGAAACGCGAUCAGCACUAGAAAAAUGGGCAAAGCGAAUGCAGCUUGCUCAUUGGCUGCUUAACUUUCUCAACCCAUCGACUCCAGACAAAAUACGAGAAGCUUGUUUGGAUAUUCUGCUUCAUCUUGUACGUCUUUUCCCCUCAGACUGCAUUGACACGUUACUGCCUGUUCUAGAGCAUACACAUCGAACUGUGAAGCAGUCGGGACAGAAGGUUGUUUCUGGAACAUUUUUUCCCAGGAAACUACGAUCUCGUUCUGUUAUCCCAUCACUUGGGACUCGCAGAAUGUGUGAGCUUCAUAUGCAUCUGCAUCCUAACCUCCUAGAGGUAGACAAGGGUGUAGAUCGAGACUAUGAUGCUGCAUUGGUUAAGUACUUUGGAUCUUAUCAUCAAUUUGCCUUUGAGCUGAUACGAAUUGCACUGAAUCGAAGCAUGGAAGUUCAGGAAACAGCAGUCAAUCUAAGUGCUCUACUUGCUUUGGAAGGUGCUUCAAUCCACUUGAAAUAUGCAGCAGAAUUUUGGAAUCAAGUGAUCACUUCCAAAGAGAAGAAGCUUCUACCUUCUUUUGAAUUGUUUCGUCAGCUGCCAUGUACAAGAGAGUACUGUGAAGCUGUUUUAUUUACUUACCGGAAAUCACUAGUCGAUACAUCUAUUUGCUCUGUUAUAUCACAUAUUUUUCAGAAGGUGCACAUGAAGGUUCUACCUGUUGGUCAGUUUCAGGAGUUUGCUGAGACAUUGAUUGCUGCCAUUGUAGCAGAGAGAUGCGGCAUGGAAGGACAGAAGGCUCUCAUUCAGAUGAAUGCAGCUCAACAACUGAUGGGUGAUCUGCAUGCUCUUCAUGUGACACUCAGUGCUGGCAGUUAUGAUCUGAAAGAGCUACAGCCUGGUGAGAUAGACAGUCUUGUAGACAGUUUAUCUUUUUUGUCAAAUGUGAGCUGUCGAGUGCAACUGAAGCUGAAGGAACAGAGACAACAUGGAGGUGAAGAUGCUAAUGGUGCAGCAGCAUCUCAAGGCAAGUCGGUCUCUGCUGUGAAUAGCAACCGCAAGGACGAGACAUCAGAUUCAAUUCUAAAGACUUCAAGAGAAGACAGUGGAAGUCAUCGAGAUGAUGACAGUUCCAUGGAGCUCUUCAGUCCUACAAAGAAAGUUCGAUUGGAAUUGAAAAGAGACUUGGACGAAGGUAACGAGCGUAGAGAAUCUGUUGGCAACGAAAACAAGUUAACUUGUGAAGCUGCCAAGUGUGAGUGGGACGAAGAGCAUCCUGCUGCUGUUGUUGAUUUAUCUUGGCUGGAAAAACUGGAAGGUUUAGAUGAACGAAAGUGCCUUCUUACGUGGACUACAAAUCUUUUGCUCAUUGCAGACGCCAUUGUCAAACUGGUAAAAUGUUGAUUGACAUUGAGAGACUUAGGGAGAUUUACAGAACUGUUUUAGUCAGUUGUAUUGCUUAUUGAUAUUGAUGAGGAAUGAUAUAUGUACAGUACAGCUCUAUUUCAAUUUAGUUAUUCUCAUCUUGAAUCUUGAAUGAUCGUCUGCGGAAAA